GGUGCGGGAGAGCUGAGGGCGGCGGCGCCGGCAGAUGCGGGAGAGCGGCACACGCGCGCCCCCCGCCCCCGCGCUCCGGCGCAGCUUCCGGCGGCGGCGAUGAUGCGGACGCGCGGCGCCGAGAGGAAGCAGGGCUGGCGGCCGGCGCGGCUGCGGGCCGCCAUGGAGCCCGGCCUGGCCGCGGCGUGGCCACAAGGUAGAUCCCAGUUGGCUGCUACACCAUGCCCCUCAGCCCCUUCCGGCGCCUCCUCCUCGCCGCUUUGCUGCUGGUGAUCGUCUGGACCCUCUUUGGGCCUUCGGGCAUCGGGGAGGAGCUGCUGAGCCUCUCCCUGGCCUCCUGGCUCCCAGCCCCUUCCUCGCCCGGCCCGCCCCUGGCCCUGCCCCGCCUCUUGAUACCCAACCGGGAGGCCUGCGGUGGUCCCGGAGCUCCCCCGUUCCUGCUAAUCCUGGUGUGCACAGCCCCGGAGAACCUGCAGCAGAGAAAUGCCAUCCGGGCCUCGUGGGGCGGGCUGCGUGAGGCCCGGGGGCUCAGGGUGCAGACGCUCUUCCUGCUGGGAGAACCCAAUUGGCCACAACCAGCGUGGGGCUCUCACGGGCACGACCUGGCGUGGGAGUCAGCCACACAGCGGGAUAUCCUACAGGCAGCCUUCCAGGACUCCUACCGAAACCUCACCCUCAAGACCCUCAGUGGGCUUAAUUGGGCCGACAAACACUGCCCCUUGGCCCGCUACAUCCUCAAAACAGACGAUGAUGUGUAUGUCAAUGUCCCGGAACUGGUAUCCGAACUGGUUCUGCGAGGGGGCCGUUGGGAGCAAUGGGAGAGGGUUGAGGAGUCCCAGAGGAAGGCUGCACAUGAAGACAAAACGUGGGAGGGCAGCCUGGCUCUGGGUGCCAAGGCCACACCUCUCCUGUACCUAGGCCGGGUGCACUGGAGGGUGAAUCCCUCUCGGCUGCCAGGGGGCCGCCACCACGUAUCAGAGAAGCAGUGGCCUCACACGUUGGGCCCCUUUCCACCCUAUGCCUCGGGCACGGGGUACGUGCUGUCCGCUUCUGCCGUGCAGCUCGUUCUGAGGGUGGCCAGCCAGGCACCCCCUCUCCCGUUGGAGGACGUCUUUGUGGGGGUAAGUGCUCGACGAGGCGGCCUUGCCCCAACCCACUGUGUCAGGCUGGCUGGUGCUACCCACUACCCACUGGACCGCUGCUGCUACGGCAAGUUCCUGCUGACGUCCCACAAGCUGGACCCCUGGGAGAUGCAGGAAGCCUGGAAGCUGGUGGGCGGCUCUGAUGGGGAAAGGAUUGCGCCCUUCUGCUCCUGGCUCCAGGGGACCCUGGGCAUCCUGCGGUGUCGGGUCAUGGCCUGGCUCCACAGCUGAGUGUAGCCGGGGCCACGGAAGAGGAGAGAGCCGUGGUAGGGCCCAGGCCAGCCUAAGGCUGGGGCCCUCGCUGGGCUGUGGCUGUUAUGUGUUCACAGUAGACCCUGUCUGUCACCAAAGACGGGUGUAGGAGAUAUCUAGGGCCCUGGCUGACCAGCCCCAAAGAUGGUCUUCAGUAAGAGAAAAAAACUGCUGGAGCUGUUUCUCCCAGUCAGGCAGGAGAGAGGCAUGAGCCCCUCAAUAAACUUGUCUCUCCACC